ACCAGUUGAACACUUGGUCAAUAGCAAACUUCAAUUGUCAGACAAAAAUGCGGGUUUGUUUGCACUUCUGCUACUUUGAUUUGCUGGAAUUAAAAACAACAUUAGUUCAAAGACUAUAGCGGCUCUGGUCAUUUAAAUUAAUCGUUACGAUUAAUUUAGGAUUAAGAGGCGAAGUGACGAUGGAGGGUAUGGACCUGGACGUAGACCAGGAGCUCACGCAGAAAUUUAGUUGCAUGGGCACAACGGACAAAGACAUCCUCAUCUCGGAGUUCCAGAGGCUGCUCGGCUUUCAGCUUAACCCCGCCGGAUGCGCCUUCUUUCUGGACAUGACCAACUGGAAUUUACAAGCAGCCAUUGGAGCCUACUAUGACUUUGAGAGUCCUAAUAUCAGUGCGCCCUGCAUGUCACUUGUGAAAGAUGUGACUAUUGGUGAAGGGGAAUCAGUUCCGCCUGACACGCGUUUCACCAAGACCUGGAGGAUACAGAACACAGGUGCAGAGUCUUGGCCUCCUGGGGUUUGCCUGAAGUAUGUUGAAGGAGAUCAGUUUGGUCAUGUAAACAUGAUAACGGUCCGGUCUCUAGCCCCUCAGGAAAUGACGGAUGUGAGUGUGCCUAUGCAUAGCCCAGGCUCUCCUGGUAUGUACCAGGGUCUUUGGAGAAUGUGUACAGCGACAGGACUUUACUAUGGAGAUAUUAUUUGGGUGAUCCUGAGCGUGGAGGUCGGCGGCCUUCUUGGUGUCACACAGCAGCUUUCAUCUUUCCAAGCGGAGUUCAACACCCAACCUCAUCGCAACGUAGAGGGAAAUUACAACCCCUUCGCCUCACCAGAGAAAAGCAAAUGGCCCAACGGCAACAGCGACCUCCACCACGAUGGCAGCCAUAAAGUCUCAGAGGAACACUGGCAGGGGAGCCCAAACCAGUUGCAGCCAGAUCAGAAUGGACUUUCACACAACUCUGUGGACAUAGUAGCAAACAGCCUACAAAGCAAUCUGUCAAUAGUCACUUAUAACCAGGGUUUACAGGAGCCUUCCCCGUUUGGUCACUCAUGAAUUUUGGGACUAGUUCUAGAGAAGCUGCAGUAAUAAACGCCUCUGGGGCCUACCACGUGGAUGAGAGAAGGAAGAGGUUCUUCUAUCAGUUGCUGCGGGAAAGUCUGUAAUCAAUUUAUGCAAAGCAACUGUACCCUGCAGCGGCACUCUUGAGCAGCAGAGGUCUCUGAAGUCGGAUCCACCGACAUCCCACCACCACUGUAUGCUCACGUGAAUGCUAAGUUAAAAAGUAGCGCAAUUGAGUCUUUUGAGUGAUCACUUUUUCUUUUUUUCAUACAAUUUAGUAGUCGGACUGCAAAGUUACGUGUAUUGGUCAAAUUGCGUGUGUAUUCUUGUGAGUGUGAGUUCAAGGUGAAACCUUGGAGGAAAAGCCAUUUAUUUUGCCAAUUUAUUCUCCGCUUUGCGCUUUGAUGGCCCAACGUAUCGAUUGCUUGGGUUUCGGGAAAGUUUCCCUUUAACAAAGAAAAAUAAUGUGGUCAUUACAUAAAACGCAUGUCUUGUUUUCUUAAUACACAGAGACUCCAGAAAAUAUGAAAAGCUCAAGCCAGAUAGUGUAUUUGUACACACCCACCCACCCAUUAAAACUGAAGCAAUAGUUUCUGAAAUAGAAUGCACUACAAUGAUCUUCCACUAGAGGGUGUCAUGUUCACUGUACUGGGCCGCUUCACACAUAGUUUGUACCCGAGUUUUUCAGCCACGUUUGAAUUACUGCGAGAAUUUAAUUUUUACAGAACUUAUAUUCUGCACUCUUUAGGAUGCCUCACACUGGUUUUCAUCAGAACGAGACUGGAAAAGCUAGUGUGGGAUGAUUGAACCCAAACUUUGGUUUGCUGUAUAGAAUUAAGUUAAGUAUCUGAGUAAUAUUCAUUGACUAAAAUCAAUUUUUUUACAAGUCAUCUGGUGAGGAAAUAUUAUUAAAUAAGAGCCAUAGGCUUUUGGUCCAAUGUAGAGACAAUUUGGACAACGACCUUUUUUUGUCUGGAGGAUUCAAUUAAACUCGUGUAUCUUUUUGGGAGAAAGCCAGAAUACACAGAGAAUAUUCACACAAUUAUGUGGAGAAGCUGGAGACUCCGCAGCGAAAUCUGAGAUCCAAACUCACAACCUUUGAUGGGCUAACAAACAGGCGCUUCACCGUGCUGCCUUUGAAUUAUUUUCUUUAACGUGUAUGCUGUUUUAUAGUUGACACCUAUUCUAAUCAUGUCUCCAUCUUAUAAGCUCAGGAAUUGCGUGAUUUAUCGCAAUUCCCUAUCCACAGAAUCAAUUUAUCCAUAAUAUCACCGGACUGCAGUUUUUAUGAACUGCAACGCAUUAUUGAAAAAAGUCGAAUCAUGCCCAUUUUCAUUUUAUAGCGCUUGCACAAUAUCCUUUAAUUUGAAUGUAUUUGAUGAAUGUUGAGAAGGAAAAAAACAUUUGGCAAAAUGAUUAAAUAGCCCUCACAUUUGUGUUUGUGUUCAAUACUA